GUAACUCCUCGGCUAAUAACAUGACGGGCUUGCGAGGAAUGAAAGACAGAGCUGUGCGGGAGCCGUCAUGGAAGGGAAGGAAUGCCAGGCGUGAAGAAAAAGUGACCAAAAGUGGGGACAAUUAACGAGAAAACAAAGCAAAACCCACGCCUCUGGAGUGUUUACCCCUUCGAAGUCAAAAGGAAGCCACGAAGAGGUGGAGAGACUUCUCGUGGGGUCCGUGGAGCUGAACCCACUCAGGGAUAAAGUAGCGAUUUUGGUGAAGGCUUUUUGUCAGGGGGGAUGUCUGGCCGCGGUGAGGGAGAGCUACCCUAGCUGAGUGCACACUCACUGAAGCAGGCAGCAUGCCCUGGCUGAGUGGCGGCAGGAGGCGCAGGCAGCAACAGCAGCAGCAGCAACAACAACAGCAGCAGCAGCAACAAGCGGUGCAGCAGGCACAGUGCCCCUCACCCGGGGCCGCGGCAUGCCGCAGGGAGAGCUCCGAGCUGCCGCUUCCCGCUGGCUGGGAGGAGGCGAGGGAUUACGACGGAAGGGUGUUUUACAUCGACCACAAUACGAGGCAGACCUCAUGGAUCGACCCCAGGGACAGGGAGGGGGAGAAAGCUGCCCUGGGACAGCAAGCAGAGGAGGACAGGCAGCAGGCAACAGACGGGAACUGCUGCUCAGUGAUCUUUCUUGCAAUGCCCUGGCUGAGCAGUGGCAGGAGACGCAGGCAGCAGCAACCACAGCAGCAGCAAUGCCCAUCCCAGGGUCUACCACCUGGCAGAAGAGAGAACUCUGAGCUGCCUCUGCCCGCCGGUUGGGAGGAGGCAAGGGAUUAUGAUGGGAGGGUAUUUUAUAUCGAUCACAACACAAGACAGACCUCAUGGAUUGACCCAAGAGACAGAAUAACGAAGCCUCUGACAUUUGCAGACUGCGUUGGGAAUGAACUGCCUUUAGGAUGGGAAGUUGUUUACGAUCAACAGAUUGGUGUAUACUACAUGGACCACAUAAACCAGCUCACGCAAAUCGAAGACCCCCGUGAGCAGUGGAGGCGGGAACAGGAGCGAAUGCUGAAAGAGUACUUGGUAGUUGCCCAGGAGGCACUGAACGCCAAGAAGGAGAUUUAUCAAAUCAAGCAGCAGCGUUUCGAGUUGGCCCAAGAGGAAUUCCAGCAGCUGCAUGAGCUCUGUGAGGAUGACAGCCGCUCACAUACUAGCUCUUUUUCUGGAUUCUCCACAAACACAAAGUAUGACCCGUAUCAAAUUAAAGCCGAAAUUGCAAGUCGUCGAGAUAGGCUUUCUAGACUAAAACGAGAGUUGACUUUGAUGAAGCAAGAACUGCAGUAUAAAGAAAAGGGAGUUGAAACAUUGCAAGAGAUUGACAGAAAGAUGUCAAGUGCGCACACCAACUAUAAGCUAGAUGAGGCGCAAGCAAUUAUGAGUGAACUCCGAACUAUACGACAAGCAAUAUGUAUGGGAGAAAAGGAACGGCGGGAACUUAUGCAGAGCCUGGCUAAGCUGACCGAUGGAUUCCGAAAUAGCUGCUGCAUUUCAGAGUCAUUGCACAAUAUUCCGCACAAUCUGAGCUCACUCAGUGACCCGUGCUUACCUCAGCAAUACUGUGAUGCCUGCUCACAAACUGACAUCGCUGGAGAGUUUGGCUUUGAUGACAAAACAAAACUGGUGGAUAGAGUACGGCUUAACUGGCAGUAUGAAGAAGCCAAAAAAAGAGUCUCCAGCAUACAACACCAACUGGCCCUUCUUGAAAAUGAAACCUGGCCAGGAAUGGCUGAAGCAGACAGAGAUCAUCUACAGCUCAUCAAAGAGAAGGAAGCUCUUCUACAAGACCUCGAACUCAUUAGUCAGCAAAGAAGAUCUCCUGAAGACGUAUCGAGGCUGGAUGAGGAAAAGCGACGCCUGGCAGAUGAGAUCCAGAGGGCUCACUCAACCUCGGCUCAAGGAGUCACUGAAAGGUUGCUGCUACAGGAGAAGAGAAACUGUCUUUUGAAGCACCUGGAGGAGGCUACCCGGUUAACCUCUUAUUUAUACACUCAACUACAAAGUUUGUCUGCCAGCACCCUCACCAUGUCAUCUGGUAGCAGUCGUGGGUCAUUGGCAUCCAGUCGUGGAUCCCUGGCAUCGAGCAGAGGAUCUCUUAGCUCAAUAAGCUUCACAGACAUUUAUGGCCUUCCACAUUAUGAGAAAACGGAAGCUGACUAUGGCCAACAUCUGCGCUUUGACAUGAUUCCAUUAGAAGCUCAUUGCCGAGAUGGUCAGUAUACUGAGACUUCUGGCCUUCCCAACCUCAGCAAGCAAAAGAUGUCAAUGGAUAACCCUCAGUCACUGGCAUCAUUGUCUUCGCGUUCGUCUUUGUCUUCCUUGUCUCCUCCAAGUUCACCUUUGGACACACCAUUUCAUUCUGCUUCCCGUGACUCUCCAUUGACCCAAAUGUCAGAAAGUUUGGAGGAAAUGAUGAACAUGACUGCUUUAGAUGUAUUAAGGGGGCAAGCUUCAAAUUUAGUUGAUGGUGAAUCUCAAAGGGCAGGGUCCCAGCUGCAGGAUAGUCAUGCAGAAAGUAAAACGGUCAGAGAAAGCGGACCACAAUUACAAGGUCUUCAGAUGGGAGCAGCAGUCACUAUUCAUGAAGACUGUACCUUAAGGCUGGAAAGAGCCAAGCGAGUCUCUGCUGGUCUAUCAGAUGACUCUCUUGCAAGCGACAGUGGGGUUUUUGAAGCAUUAAGUAAAAGGAAUGAGAAUGUCGAAGAUUCCGUGUAUAAAGAGCCUGCAAAACAUGAAGAACCUCAAGUACAUGUUGGAAUAGUACAUGACAGUGGAAGCGAGUGUCUUUUCGUACACGUUCUGCAACUUAAACAUUUUAACGGCCUUGCUCUGAAGAAAGGAUAUAAAAUUCAUAUUAGAGUGUACCUGCCGUCCCUCGACUCCAGCACGCCCAGCACUUACUGCUCGAAAGCUUUGGAGUUCCAGAUGCCCCUGAUGUUCAAUGAAAUAUUCCAAAUCCCCAUGCACUCCAGUGUUCUGAAACGGAGCUCCUUGCAGCUGUACAUAUGCUCUGUGAGCCCGACACAUCAGGAAGAGCUGCUGGGGAUUGCUCAAAUAAAUCUGAAGGAUUAUGAGGAAACAAAAGAGAUGCAUCAUCAGUGGCAUCCUAUCCAAAUAUAUGGCACUGUAGAUCCACAAAGCAAAGAAGGCAAUGACCGUGUUGGAGAAUGUACACAGCCCUCUGAAAACAUGACAGGCGCUAAAACGGAUGCGGUGUCUGUUUUACUGGCCCGAACAACGGCUCAGUUGGAGGCGGUUGAACGUGAACUGGAGGUGGAGAGAGUGAAGCUGGAAUACACUGAAGAGGAGAUACUUGAGAUGGAACGCAAGGAGGACCAAGGAGAGGCUGCCUCUGAGAAGAGCUGGCAAGCAGAAUCAGUCGACAGUGGUUGUCAUAGUAACUGUACACAGAGAAGCCCCCAUUAUUCGGAAACAUGUUAUGGGGAAGGCAUCCAUGGACCUAUAUGUGCAGGGCAGGUAUCCCUGUAUGGAUCUAGGAACAAUCAGAAUGAACACAUCAAGGUAGAUAAAGAGACCAACACAGAAGAUAUCUUUCCAGAUGAGGUUCCUGUUCUUCCAAAAGAGAGAACCUGCCGCCGGACUCGUGGGUCUCCUUUUGUUCGUAGCAGCACGAUCGUGCGUUCCCAGACCUUUUCUCCUGGGGCACGGAGUCAGUAUGUUUGCAGAUUGUACCGAAGUGACAGUGACAGUUCCACAUUGCCACGAAAAUCACCUUUCAUCCGAAAUACACUGGAAAGGCGAACUCUACGCUAUAAGCAGUCCUGCCAGUCUUCUAUUGCGGAAAUUAUGGCCCGGACAUCCCUUGACCUGGAGCUGGAUCUCCAGGCAUCCAGAACAAAGCAGCAGCAGCUAAACGAGGAGAUAAAUGUACUGAGAGAGCUUAAGCAACGCCUUGAAGAGGUACAGCAUCGCGGGCAGAGCGAUCUUCCCCAGUGGGUCCUGCGAGAUGAGCGAUUCCGCAAUCUGCUUAUUGAAGCAGAAAGACAGACAAGGCAGACGAAGCUCGAGCAACGGCAAGAACAAGCAGCAGAGAAAAUGCUCAAAAAGGCAUCGAAAGAGAUUAUUCAAAUGCGUGGGCAAAAUCAGAAGGAACCCCUCCAAGUGCAGACCUUCAGGGAGAAGAUAGCCUUUUUUACCAGACCAAGAAUCAACAUACCUCCUCUGCCGGCCGACGAUGUAUGACGCGCUACCUUAUGCACAGGAAGGAUUUGGUCAUUUUGUUUGUAUCUCCAUGAAGUUAUUAGAUUAGUUACAUUCAUGUUAAAUGUUUAAAAGGCUUAUUCAUAUUUUGUUUAAAAAAAAAAUGAAGAAAAAAAAAUAAAAGCCUAUAUACAUAUAUAAAUAUCUAUUAUUAUAUAUUUUAUAAUAUGACUGCAGCAAGGCUUGGUUUUUCCUUGCUGUAACACUGAAAUCCCCAAAGACAAGUUAUUUUAUAGAUUAACUACCCUUUUCUAGAAUGUGGGCAGUUUUGUUGCCCUUUUGUGUAACUUAAUAAAGGCUGGAAAUCAGAAAAAAAGCAAGUUCAGGGAAAUUCACUGUAUUAUAAUUUAUUUAUAGUGCCUUGUUUUCCUUGAGGGAAAAUAUCUGCUUAAAGAUGUUUUUUAGACUGAAUAUAUGCUUCACAGUGUUUUUCGUACAGUUGAAUUGAACUAGUGAGCUGCUUUUCUUUCUGGUACCUGAAAAUACUGUUUUUUUUGCAAACUGUUAAUUUUAGUAGCUUUUAGCUUCUUUAUUUUCCUUUGGUAUUAUGUAUCUAAUAUUUUUUUUCACCAUCCCUGUUCUAUAUUGAAAUAUUAUCACAGCAAGGUUUUUAAUACUGAUUAAAAAUUGCAUUGCAUUUUUCAGA